AUUUGCUUAUUUGUUUUGUCUCUUUUGCAGUCAUCAAAGGUAGCAGAUAUGUAUAAUAAAACUAUGCCUAGAGAAUUACUGAUAAACUCGGAACUUGAAGAUGAGUUGGAUAUGAGAAAGAUACUCAAAGAUAUUGAACGCUUGGGCUCCUCAACCUUGACCUGGAAAGAGAGAAAGAAGUUGGAAAACAAGAAUGUGGUUGCUUUGGGUGGCAAGCCAACCAAAAGUCACAGGAUGCCUCUGAGUGUUGCAAAACCAAUGAUGAAGAACACUAAGAGGAGGGAAGAGAAAAAGAUGGAGGAGGAAAAACUUCUUGGAGUAUUCACUAACCGCAAAAGUAACAGUAAAGUUGAGAAACGCCAGCCUGAAGACAAGGUUCUUAAGGCAACUGAAGGAUACUUUAGCAAGGGUGUACUAAAUGUGAAGCAUCUAUUGGAGCCCAAGUCGGUGAAAAGGGAUGAAAGCUCGAGCAAGAAGAUUAGGAAGCACAAAAAAAGAAAGGGAAAGAAGAAGAGCAAAGGGAAGAGGAAGGGACGAUAGCUUUUACUGCAGGUCUGUUCCAUGUUUGAUGAUUCUUAUAACCAAACUAAUAUUCAUUGAAAUAGUUUGUUUCUAUAUUGUUUAAUUAAGCUAGCCCUAAUCAGUAUCUUCAUUAUUUUUAGUGAACUUUAGACCUUAAGGGGUUCAUGAGGUUAUUGAAUCAAGGAUGUGAUGAUAGGGUUAUGGAUUUGGAUUGGUGUAUUUUCACAUGUGUAAUUUUCAUUGCUAGAAAUUGAAUCCAAGCCUAUUUUAGCUAUUACUUUAAGUCCUAGAAAUUUAUUCAAUGUGUAACUUCCAUGUUUACUGUUCAGCAGGAUCUCCCUUAACCUGCUGGCAACCAACUAUUUAUCCAUCUUUGAAAGAUUUUAAAAUUAUGCA